AUGAGCUUGUCCGAAUUGACGGAAGACCCACGGAGCCGAGUCAAGUCAAAAGAGACCAUGGAAGACGACCUGAUGUUUGCGAUGGAGGACACGGGCAGCGCUCAGCGGCCUCCCGUCCAGAGAAACCCCCUCAGACUCUGCUCUCUGACCGACGAAGACGAGGACAACGAAGAGCAUGUGAUCAUACCGCUGUUCCACGACUCUGCCAGAGAGAUCUGUGACUAUCUGAAGAGCCAGGUGUACGGCCGCCAGCUGUCCAACUCCCUCUCCAACUCCCUGCCCAAAAACAGCUUCCAGUUCAAGCCGGACGUAGAAACGGCGUCGCCACGAUCGUACCGCAUAGUCAAUCAAGCCGCUCGGGAUCACUGGAAACAGGCCAUCGAGAAGGCCAGAGCCAGGCCCGACCCAUGGGCCGAGUUCCACCUGGAGAAGAAGGAGACCGAGCCCUGUGUGCGAUACAGGUACAACGCUGUCAAUGGAGAAUGGGCCCAAGACCAAGUCCACAUCAAGAUGGCCUCCCAGCCGUUUGGGAAAGGCGCCAUGCGAGAGUGUUUCAGAACGAAGAAGCUGUCGAACUUCUCCCACAGCAGUAACUGGAAGUCUGCUUCUAACUACGUGGCCAAACGCUACAUGGAGCCGGUGGACAGAGACGUGUACUUCGAGGACGUCCGGCUGCAGAUGGAGGCCAAGCUCUGGGGAGAGGAGUACAACCGCCACCGGCCCCCCAAACAGGUGGAUAUCAUGCAGAUGUGUGUGGUGGAGAUGGUGCACAGACCUGGAAAGCCUCUGUUCCACCUGGAGCACUACAUCGAAGGAAAAUACAUCAAAUACAACUCCAACUCCGGCUUCGUGCGCGACGACAACAUCCGGCUCACUCCACAGGCGUUCAGUCACUUCAGCUUUGAGCGCUCGGGGCACCAGCUCAUCGUGGUGGACAUCCAGGGCGUGGGCGACCUCUACACUGACCCUCAGAUCCAUACAGAGAAGGGCACAGACUACGGAGACGGGAACCUGGGAGUGCGAGGGAUGGCGCUGUUCUUCCACUCUCACCUGUGUAACAAGAUCUGUAAGAGCAUGGGUCUCACACCGUUCGAUCUGUCUCCGCCGGAGAAGACUCAGCUCGACUGCACCAACAAACUGCUGAAGUCCGCGGAGACAAAGCUCAGAGGCUGUGAGGAGUUCUGUGGUUCUCCUCGGGUUCGGACCUUCUCCUCUGGUCGCGCUCCUCCUCUGCUCUCGCGUCUGUCAGAAACCUCCUCUGUAGACGACACUAUGAGUGAUCCAGACUCCAUCCCCUGCUCCCCCCUCACCAUGGGCUUGGGUUCGGGCCGGUCCCCUCUGGGUCUUCAUUCUGCACCUUUUGAGCAAGAACGCUUCAACAACAACUCGGGAGAACACAAAGAUUCGGAGAACGGAGGAGACAGUGGUUAUCCCAGCGAGCGCCGGAGUGAGGGGGACCCCAAUGACCACGUGGAUGGGAUUCCUAUUCGUCACCAAAGAUACUACUCAGAGUCUGAUGAGGACAGCGUGAGAAGGGUAAAACUCCACCGCAGAUCCUCCAGCUCCAGCUCCCAGUCCCCGUCACUCUGUCAAAGCAACGAUCUGAAUUCUGAAGCUUUACUUUUCUCUUUUGUCUCAAGAAAGAUGGUGAUUCCUCCCAGAGCCGUUUCUAAUCUGAACUCUCCACACUCCCCUCACACUCCAGACUCUGAGGCGCUGACGGACGAGAAGUGGAGCUUCUUCCACUCGUCCCGAGCCCACGUGCACAGACCCUCGUGUGUGGCCACUGAGGUGGAGAGACUUAGCUCUAUGCUGCAGAAGAAGAUCGGACAGUCUGUGCUGGGAAAGGUGCACUUGGCCAUGGUGCGGUACCAUGAAGCCGGACGCUUCUGUGAGAAGGACCAGGUGUGGGACCAGGACGCGGCUCUGUUCCACCUGGAGAGGGCAGCUCUGUGCGGGGAGCUGGAGGCCAUUAUUGCCCUGGGCCUGGCCUAUAUGCAACUGCCGCACCACAUCCUGCCGGACCUGGAGAUGGAGGACAGUGCGGGGAACAGAGCCAGAGGGUUCCGGUACCUUCUGCAGGCGGCGGAGGCUGGAGACCGCAGCAGUAUGAUCACUGUGGCCAGAGCCUACGACACCGGAUACAACCUCCCAGUCGACCGGAAGCAAAGCUGGGAGGAGGCCAUGCACUGGUAUGACAGUGCUCUGAACAUGAUGGACUACGAUGAGGGAGGAGAGUUCGAUGGGACACAGGACGAGCCGCGAUAUCAGCUUCUGUCCAGAGAGGCCGAGAUGUUAGCGGAGGGAGGCCACGGACUGAAGCCGGACCCUCAGAGGGCAGGAGACCUGUUCACGGAGGCGGCAGAAGCGGCGAUGGCGGCGAUGAAAGGUCGUUUAGCAAAUCAGUUCUACAUGAAAGCAGAGGAGGCCUGGGCGCUCAUGGAGGAGGAGUGA